AUGUGGGAAGCUCUAGAAGCAGCAAAUAAGGAUGCCAAUAAUCAUAUGGAGCGGAAUCAGGUUUCAACAAAAUCCUCAAAAAAUGGGAUUGAGAGUGAAAGUGGUGACGUUGCCAACACAACAGAACGCGACUAUCUUUUAGUUGAUGAGGCAGCAACAUCCCUGCUUCGUACUGUUACUAAUGAGAGGGAAGAAUCAUCCCUAUCCGAGGAAGAAGACACAGACGAGGAUGAAAAAGAAUCAUACUCAUCCGAGGAAGAAGAUACAGACGAGGCUGAAGAAGAAUCUACAAGGGCUUAUGCUGAGUUAAUCGCAGUCCUGAAAGUUAAGGGCAUACCACUGAGUGUAUUGGAUAAACCUCAGUCAAGAGAAUGGCUUGAAAAAUACACUGGCGUUUACAGGAGUUCUUGGCAUAAUGAAUAA